AUGAACGCUGCAUCCAGAGCCAACGAGCAAUACUCGAGCACCCACGAAAAGCAUGGCAAGCCCCGCUUACCGGGAACGCUCAACACGCGCACGCCCCAUUCCCAUCUUUUCUUUGGACCCUACGUGUGGUUCCCGAUCCUCGCUACGCUCGUAUGGCUCGGCGGUAUCCUCGCGAUGCUGCUGCUCUGGGUGACCGCCGGCAAGCCACGGUACCGAGGCGACGAGGCCGCGGUGGUGUAUAUCAGCGACGUUGGAGCAGUGCACAAGAAGCUCUUCAUCGGGAUCUCAUGCUCGACCUCGGGGCUGUACAUUAUGAGUCUCUUUGCUGAGCGCUGGCUUCGCCACAUUGAUCGUCUCCCUACCGACUUGCGCAAGCGGGAGAAGAUCUUUGACUGGGUCGCCAUCUUUUUCUGCAUUGUUGGCUCAGCAGGAUUGAUCCUCUGUUCAAUCUUUGACGCUUUCAACCACUCCAACAUCCACUGGCCCAUGGCUUUGGUCUUCGUCAUUGGCGUUGCUCUUUCAGGCAUCUUCCAAUCUGCUGAAAUCUGGUCCCUCCACAAAGAUCACCCAGACCGCCGCUCCCUCUUCCGCAACUCCAUCUACAAGCUCGUCGUUGUCCUCCUCGCUGUUCUCGGCGCCAUCGCAUUCGGUGUCACUUAUGCCCUCUGCGGCGGUGAUGUUAUCGCCACUUCGCGUUACUCGGCAGCACAAUGUGAGAACAUCACGUCUGCCUGCGCCGCCCUCGAGUGGACCAUCGCUUUCCUCCUCACCUUCUACUUCGCCACCCUCGUCGCCGACCUCUGGCCCGCUGGCAAGAGCUCGCCCCGGUACAUGCGUCGCUUGGCGCGAUGGCAGGAGCGCCACGGCGAGGGAGAUGACUUUACCGGGCGCAAGGCGUUCGAGACACACCCUGAAAACUGGAUGACGGCGGAGCAGCGGGCCGAGGCGAUGCAGCGGGAGAUGGAGGCACGCAACAGGGGACAGUCCAUCGACACCACUCAGACUGCUAUCGGGAACGCCUACUUGGGGAACGGUCCCGUGGUCGACACCACUCCCCGGAUGAGCACCGCGAGUAACGCGCCGAUGAUGAAGGGGGUGUAG